ACUGGUCCAUCUGUAUCCAUCAUGUAAGCGUUUGUACAAUUUCGCCUCCGAAGUCUAUCACUCUUAGAGCUGACCCAAAUGUUCGAACACUUCUCCUACUUAUACUCACUAACAAACCCCAAAACACACAUUUUCACCAAGAGAGACGUGCUAUUAUUUCGUGUAGAUUUCUUGGAACAGUGGUACAAGCCUGGCUGCAGCAAAGAAGUGAAUAUGGCGUCUGGUUGCUUAGCGCUGGCUCAAUCUUAUUAGCUGUGUCGCUGCACUGAUCAACCAUCGAAGCAGCUGUUGCUAACUCUAAUUCCAGUAAUACAUUGUCUUCACUGAAUAUUCUAUAAACAUGUCGGACUCCGAGGAAGAGAGUCAAGACCGACAGCUGAAAAUUGUGGUAAUCGGGGACGGAGCGUCUGGAAAGACGUCUCUGGCCACCAGGUUUGCACAGGAGGCCUUUGGGAAGCAGUACAAACAAACGAUAGGCCUGGAUUUCUUUCUAAAGAGAAUAACCUUACCAGGCAAUCUGAAUGUCACUCUGCAGGUGUGGGACAUUGGCGGCCAGACGAUUGGAGGGAAAAUGCUGGACAAGUAUAUCUACGGUGCUCAGGGGGUGCUGCUGGUGUAUGACAUCACUAACUACCAGAGCUUUGAGAACCUGGAGGACUGGUUCGGCAUGGUCAAGAAGGGCAACGAGGAGGCCGACGUGCAGCCGGUGGUGGCGCUGGUGGGCAAUAAAACUGAUCUGGAGCACAUGCGGACGGUGAAGGUGGACAAGCACCAGCGCUUUUGUCAGGAGAACGGUCUGGUCAGCCAUUUUGUGUCUGCAAAAACGGGGGAUUCCGUAUAUCUGUGUUUCCAGAAAUUGGCAGCAGAAAUUUUAGGUGUGAAGCUCAACAAGGCUGAGAUUGAGCAGUCUCAGAGAGUGGUGAAGGCAGACAUUGUGAACUACAGUCAGGAGCCCAUGGCCAGGACGGUCAACCCCCCACGCAGUUCCAUGUGCACGAUACAGUGACCCCCCCCCCCACACACACACACACUCACACACUCCAGCUCUUUCUCCUCUCCUGUCUUCUCCGUGUGGCUGAUGGAACCCCUCACUCUCUCUCUCUCUCACACACACACACACACACACACACACACACACACACACGCACACACACACCCUUUUUCUCUUCAUCUCUGUUACAGGCCAGCUACACCUAUCAACUGCGGCAGCCAGGCCCUCUAGCAGGCUGCUCCUACAGACUGGCUCUCAGCCACAUUCACAGACCAUAGGCACGCAGGCACACACACACACACACACGCAGUCACAGACAGACACACACACGCACCCGCACGCACACACAUACACACACACACAGACAACAGAUACAGAUACCUGAGCAGACAACACCCAACUUCUCUCUACGUGCUUGUUGUGUUUUCGGUCAAGCGUACUUUAACACCUACAUGCACGUACACACAGACACUUGCAUCCAUGUAUACAAAGGCACACCUAAGCACACGCAAACAUUUCCAAGCUCACAGACCCACUCUUCAUCAAACAUCAUGCCACACGUGUGUGAACAUGUCUUCAGACAAGCACAGAAGACAAUAAAACAGUGUUUUAUUUUUUGAGUUUGCAGGAGAUUUGUGGGGAACAAGCACUGCUAAUGUGAAGAUUUUACUCUGUGAUCCGCAAAUUACUCCAAAUCUUCUUUAAAAGGAAACAAGGUAACUUUUGACAGUGUGGCAUAAUCCAGUCUACACACUAUUUACCGAUCCCCUUUCAACACCACAAAAAAAGAGAGUCUUCUCAGUGGGGAAGUACCAAGUGUUCACUAAAUGUACAUCUGCAGCACAUCGGAAUGCAAGAUUGCUGUUCUCUCUUGUAUCAAAUGUUGGUUCAUCUUAACAGAAGUGGGAAACAAAUAUAUUAUUUACACCAUGUUUUCAUAAAUAUUAAGCAUCAAGAAUUUGGAAGUAGAUCCCCCCCCCCCCCCCCCCCCCCCAUCCCGAACCACUGUUGAUCAAUGACCGUCGAUGUUUACAUAUAGAAAUCAUCUAUAGUUUUGGCAGUUGGAAAGACACAUUAACUUUCUUCCUGUCACUAUUGCGCCAGCUCUGAUCCUCCUGUUUUAGCUAGUGCAGUAGCGAUGUCUGGACACCUGGCCGCUCUAGUGUCCGUCACCUGUACUGGGACUGAUGGCAUGUCCGUAGUCCCUCCCCCAGCGGCUAGGUUGUGGAGGUGGGGUUUCCUCCGUGGACUCUGUUCAGCCUUGGAGGGUGAGAGGGGAACAUGGCUGCUGUGAAUGACUUGACUUCAGUUGAAGUUCUGCCUCGGUGGUAGGCUACUCCUAAACUGAGUGUGUGCAUGGAGAUCCGCUCAGCUAUUUCUUAUAUGUUUGUUUUAAUAUAAUGAAGGAAAAUGUGUUUGUAUGUUUAUUUGAUUUUUUAGUACUUUCAUUUGCCAAUUAGUGCAUUUUUAAAAAAAAAGCAUUUAUUUGAAAGCUGGAUAGUUCUUUGUUGUUGUUUUUUUUCUUUCUUUAAAAUAAAGAAAAAAUACAUACAAUUUGUAUUUUUAUCGUCAACAGGUAUUUCAUAAAAUCUGCUUGGAUGUAAAGUUGUGUUAAAAGGUGUCACAUCUCAUCAUGAAUGUUGAUUUUUGAGAAAGAGCAGUCACCUAACGAGAGAAGCACCUUGAGGGAAGCAUAUAAUAUUCUGUAACGUAAGAUGCAAUGAAAGUAUUAAACUAGAACACUUUGUGUGUGUGUAGAACACUUUGACUGAGACGCUCUAGUCUUUGCUGGAUGUGUGUGUAGAAUACUUUGACUGACAUGUUCUAGUCUUUGCUUGAUGUGUGUGUAAGACACUGCUGCAGCGAAGCACAGCUGUGACAUGAAAUGCUUUACGGUUCUCCCUGUACCUCAAAGAUACCAUUCUAUAGCAUGGCUUAGGGAAGAAAUGGAUGAUUUGUAUGUAUAAUAGACUGAAUGGAGACAGAUCUGAUGUUUUACAUUACAUGGGCAUAUUUUUUCCUCCUCUGACCAAUAUUUAAUCAACUGAAAUAUUUUUUUAUUACUGUGGUCAGCUUUAAACUAUGUUCACGCUCAAAUAUUUCCAUAUUGUCAUCUCUUUAUUUUAUGAGGGUAUGUAUCAACCAGCAUUAUGGGGACCAAAUGAGAGAAUGAGAUGAGUGUACUGGAGUUGCAACACGAAGAACAGAUGUAUAUGCUCCAUAUGGUUGGACAGUUUUGAAAUUCACAUUGUUCGCCUUAUAUGUAAUGUACAUAUUUGUAAAGUACAUCUAAAUUAUCCUUUUUUUCUAUGGUGCACCCUAUAUAUGAACACAUACACUAUUUUACAAUUAUCUUUUUCAGCAUUUCAUUGGGAAAGCCUCUUUUGAUUGAGAUGCUUUUCUGCGGUUACAUCUUUUGAAUCUACCAUCUACCACCCAGCAGAUGUUUAUAUUUAAAACAGAGUUGGAUAUAUAGCCUAUAUUGUACAUUUAGAGGAAGUUUUGUGAAUGUUCAUUAAAAUGU